CUGUGGGGAAACAUCCAAAUGUUGGCUGACACUGAUUCAGGGCUGAGGGCUGUGGAUGGCAUUUUUGACUUUUUCAUUUCUCCUAAUUCCCACUCCUUCACGACGAGGUCCCACUACUCCCACUACUGCACAGCUACACCCAGUCUUGGCGAGUAGGCUCCAGCCCGCGCGUGCUCGCUGAGGAGGCGCGGGCCCGGCGGAAGCCAUGUUUGUGGCGCGCAGCAUCGGGGCGGACCAUAAGGACCUCAUCCACGAUGUGUCUUCCGACUUCCACGGCCGGCGGAUGGCGACCUGCUCCAGCGACCAGAGCGUCAAGGUCUGACAUAAAAGUGAAAGUGAAGAUUGGCAUUGUACUACUAGCUGGAAGACACAGUGGAUCUGUAUGGCGUGUGACAUGGGCACAUCCUGAAUUCGGACAGGUUUUGGCUUCCUGUUCUUUUGACCGAACCGCUGCUGUGUGGGAAGAAAUAGUAGGAGAAUCAAAUGAUAAACUGCGAGGACAGAGUCACUGGCUUUAGCGAGAAUCAAGACCUUUCCCAAAGCUCAAAAUCCUUCGAAAAGUUGAGACCAUCAAACUUUCAGAUUUCAAAGCUGAAGACUUUCCCAUUGAAGGGUACGAUCCUCACCCAGCGAUCAAAAUGGAAAUGGCUGUUUAGAGUCCUUUCGAAGGAGCUGUUUGAAGGAUAUUGCUCGACUUUAGAGGGCAGACUGGAUGCCCAGGUGGAAGUGCUUUUUGCUCUAAAGGAAGAAGGAACUAGGUCAAAAAUCUGUCAGUGACCUAUCAGUUAUUUUUUUAUUUUUAUUUUUUUUGACCAGUCGGGAUCACAACCCUCUGCACGGUGUGGUCUGCACCACGCUCAGCCAGUGAGCGCACCGGCCACCCCUAUAUAGGAUCCGAACCCGCGGUAGCGCCGCACUCUCCCGAAUGAGCCACGGGGCCGGCCCUAUCAGUUAUUACUAACUUUUAAGGAUAUUGCCCUUGGCAAACAGAAUUGUGCUGGUUCUUUUAGUAAUAAAAGGCCUUAAGUUUGAUUAAUUCACUGAGGUUGUAUGAAAAUGAGAUUAUGAAUAAAGUGAGGAGAGAAAAUGAAUACACUUGAAAACAUACAUGCAUUUCAGCCCCACAUUUCUGUGAUGGUCGGUGAGUUUAAAGAAUUACGUGUUAUAGCUAUUGUAUAUUGCUGUAAUAAAGAAGUGUUCUGCA